CUCUAUUCAGUUGAUCUAAUCGUGAAUCAUGACGGUUGUUUUGCUUGCCGCUGUUUUAUUUUGAUUUUUCUUGUUUUGCGCGCCGAAAUAUCGUUGGCCAUUCAAACGCAAACUUUGUUUUUUUUUUGGAAAAUUAUACUUGGCCUUCCUCUACACAAUCUUCCCAAUGAAUUCCAAACGUAAACCGUUCAAUAAGACUGGAGAGUCUUCCGGUUUCAGCAAAAAAAUCAGAACCGGCGAAGACAAUGAGGAAGAAUACGAGAGCUACUUCGAGGCCGAGCUGGCCAAUAUGGAUGCUGAGGAUGGUGGUGGUGGUGAAGCGCAACUAGGCCAAGGACCGGAGGCGGAGAACACCUGUGCCAAGUGGAGCCGUCCCCAGCCUAAGGCGUAUCGACCGGAUGAAGAACCACUCGUCUUCCAGCAGAUUGAGAUCGAUAACUACAUCGGGCAGCCUCUAGCGGGGAUGCCUGGGGCGCAGAUUGGACCGGUUCCGGUGAUGCGUAUGUUUGGGACCACACAGGAGGGAAAUUCGGUUUGUGCCCACGUACAUGGAUUUGCGCCCUAUUUGUACGUGGCAGCGCCGCGUGGUUUCGCGAAGACGCACCUCAAGGAUUUUCGCACUGCCCUGGAUAAAGCGGUGCUGAACGAUAUGCGCUCCAAUAAGGAGAAAGUGGAGGAGGCUGUGUUGGAUGUGGAACUGGUCGAGAGGCAGUCGAUUCUCGGUUACAAUGGGGAGGAGAAAUUUACCUUUAUUAAGGUUACGGUGGCACUUCCGAGACUGUCGGCCGCGGUGAAGAGGUUGCUCGAGAAGGAGCAGAUGAUACCUUCGAUGGACUUUCAGGAUUGUCGCGUGUACGAGAGUAAUAUCGAUUUCGAUAUACGAUUUAUGGUGGAUAUGGGAGUUGUGGGAUGCAGCUGGAUUGAAUUACCGCCGGGCACCUGGAGGAUGCGACGGAAGGGAACCGAUCCUGCGCCGGAAUCAAGAUGUCAGAUUGAGGUAGAUGUAGCGUUUAAUGCUUUUAUAGCUCAUGAGCCAGAGGGGGAGUGGAGUAGGGUGGCACCGUUCAGAAUCCUUAGCUUCGACAUUGAGUGUGCUGGUCGGAAGGGUAUAUUUCCCGAGCCGCAACACGAUCCCGUUAUCCAGAUUGCCAACAUGGUUAUUCGUCAGGGGGAACAAGAACCAUUCCUGAGGAAUGUGUUUACUUUCAAAGCCUGCGCUCCGAUCGUAGGUUCGCAGGUGCUCAGUUUUGAAACGGAGCAGGAACUCCUGGACAGGUGGGCUUGCUUCGUUCGCGAAUCGGAUCCGGAUAUUCUGACGGGUUACAACAUAAACAAUUUUGACAUUCCGUAUCUUCUGAAUCGUGCGCAUCAUUUGAAGGUUAAGAACUUUGAGUAUCUGGGACGAGUUACCAACAUCCGUUCCGUCAUCAAAGAAACCGUAAUCCAGUCCAAACAGAUGGGACGCCGCGAGAACAAAUCGGUGAAUUUCGAGGGUCGUGUUCCGUUCGAUCUACUUUUUGUGCUACUUCGAGAUUAUAAGUUGCGUUCGUACACUUUGAACGCGGUCAGUUACCACUUUCUGCAGGAACAGAAGGAGGAUGUCCAUCACAGUAUUAUUACCGAUCUGCAGAACGAAAGUGACCAGACUCGGCGUCGGUUGGCCAUGUACUGUUUGAAGGAUGCAUAUUUGCCGCUUCGUUUGCUGAAUAAACUCAUGUGCAUCGUGAACUACAUGGAGAUGGCGCGUGUAACCGGCGUCCCACUGUCCUGUCUUCUAACUCGCGGCCAGCAGAUUAAGGUUAUGAGUCAGCUGCUUCGGAAGUCCAAAACCAGUGGAUAUUUGAUCCCGUCCUAUCAUGGUUCCGGCUCCGAGGAGCAGUACGAAGGCGCCACGGUCAUUGAACCCAAACGCGGUUACUAUGCGGAUCCGAUUUCCACCCUUGAUUUCGCCUCGCUGUACCCGAGUAUUAUGAUGGCGCAUAAUCUGUGUUACACCACCUUGCUUCCACCGGGAAACAAAGAGAAGCUCGGUCUGUCCGACGAUCAAAUCACUCGCACUCCCGCCAACAACGUGUUCGUGAAAUCUUCCGUCCGGAAGGGAAUCCUCCCGGAAAUUUUGGAAUCUCUGCUGGCAGCUCGUAAGCGCGCCAAAGCCGAUCUGAAGGUGGAAACUGACCCAUUCAAGAGGUCCGUUCUGGACGGUCGGCAGCUUGCGUUGAAGAUUUCCGCCAACUCAGUGUAUGGUUUCACAGGCGCUCAGGUCGGCAAGCUACCUUGUCUGGAAAUCUCCGGUUCUGUCACCGCUUACGGAAGAACCAUGAUCGAACAAACAAAGCAGGAAGUGGAGCAGCGCUACACAGCGGAAAAUGGAUACGAAAACGACGCCAUCGUUAUUUACGGCGAUACCGAUUCGGUGAUGGUCAAUUUUGGCGUCAAAUCGCUAGAGCGCAGCAUGGAACUCGGCCGAGAGGCAGCCGAAUACGUCAGUGCUAAGUUCGUCAAACCGAUCAAGCUUGAGUUUGAAAAGGUCUACUAUCCGUAUCUGCUGAUCAACAAAAAACGCUACGCCGGACUGUACUUCACCAGGCCGGAAAGGUACGACAAAAUGGACUGCAAGGGUAUCGAGACAGUGCGACGGGACAACUCCCCGUUGGUGGCAAAUCUCAUGAACUCCUGUCUGCAGAAGCUGCUCAUCGACCGCAACCCGGAAGGGGCGGUGGAACACGCGAAGCAAAUCAUCGCCGAUUUGCUGUGCAAUCGCAUCGACAUCUCGCAGCUAGUGAUCACCAAGGAAUUGGCCAAAACGGAUUACGCCGCGAAGCAGGCCCACGUUGAGUUGGCCAACAAAAUGAAGAAACGAGACGCCGGUAGCGCUCCGAAGUUGGGCGAUCGCGUCCCCUAUGUUAUCAUCACCGCAGCGAAAAACACCCCCGCCUACAUGAAGGCUGAGGAUCCGAUGUAUGUGCUGGAGAACAGCGUCCCCAUCGAUGCGAACUACUACCUGGAGAACCAACUGUCGAAACCUUUGCUGCGUAUAUUCGAGCCAAUUUUGGGGGAAAAGGCCGAAUCGGUGCUGCUGCGGGGCGAUCACACCAGGACUCGUUCGGUGGUAACUUCCAAGGUGGGUGCCCUCUCGGCGUUUACCAAGAAGCGUGAUGCUUGUCUUGGCUGCAAGGCACUGCUCCCGGUGGGGUAUGAAGGGCAAGCGCUGUGUCAACACUGCAAACCGAAGGAAGCGGCUCUGUAUCAGAAUGAGCUGAGUGCUCAGCGUUCGCUGGAGGAUCGCUUUAGUCGGUUGUGGACACAGUGUCAACGCUGUCAGGGAUCGCUGCACGAGGAGGUCAUAUGUACCAGUAGAGAUUGUCCGAUUUUUUAUAUGCGCACCAAGAUAAAAGUGGAACUGGAGACACAGGAAAAGCGAGUUGCACGGUUUGGGGUACCAGAGUGGUAAAAAUUUGUCACUUUCGUUUUGUUUUGUUUAAUAAAAAGAGCUGUUAGCGACAUGA